GCCUCUCUUGAUGAGAGAGCUUACGAUGAUCUGAUGUUAUAAAGCCAAGUUAAAAGGUCGGUUCCCGGCCAUUUGUUUCCUCGUAUUUCGAUUGCUUCAAACUAUCCCAAACGAGCGUCUUGUUUGAUCUCAUUACCAUUCGUACUUCUGGAAAUUACUUUAUUGAGUAUUCUAAAAAGAAUACUAAGCUCACUGUGUAGUCGCAUCAGCCUGUUCCAUCGUCCUUUGUUUCGCUGCGGAAAGCUCACUUGGCACAAGCGAUUACUGACGGGCGAUAUACACCUAAAAAUCGAGUAAUAGUUAGCUGAUUGUCGUUUGACAACCCAACCUCCCUUUGAGGGCUUUGGUUGAAUAUGCCAUUUCUAUCUCGUGUUGUUUCUGUCUUUCUCCGGAUUGGGGAGAUAGGCUUCGGAGCAGUCGUUGCUGGUAUUAUAGGGUCUUAUCUGCAUGACUUUGACGGCACCGAUGUCUGGCCACAGGCACGUUGGAUCUAUACCGAAGUUGUGGCGGGCGUCUCCAUUCUUCUGGCUCUGCUGUGGCUGCUGCCUUUCUCAGGCUCGUUCUUCAUGUGGCCGACUGAUCUGGUCCUGUCGUUUGCAUGGUUUGCUGCGUUUGGACUCCUAGUCAACGCUCUCAACGACCUGGAUUGCGGCGGGGUGUUCGAAUGGGGCAAUAUCACCGGGAGCAGUACCUGUUCUAGAUGGAAGGCUUCUGAGGCGUUUAGCUUCCUCUCUGCGAUUUUCUGGCUGGUCUCCACGGUCGUGGGUAUUUGGUUCACUUUCCGCGUCCGUGAUAGGCAUGCGCGCCCCGUUGCUGGGGAUGCUGUAUAUGGUCGUCGCCAUCGUCGAUGGCCUGGCCGUCACAAUGUUUAAGCUGCUCAGCGUUCUGAUCUUCAGAAGACAUGAAGAGGCCGUCUCUCCUUUCCUUUUUAUAGCUUGUGUUUCACCCGAUAUUCACUUAUGAUAUGCCGGGUAUGCAGAGCUUUAUGAAUGAUGAAAUUCCUCACAAUUUCCCAUCAUUGGGCAACACUUUGAUUAAUAAAUGCUAGUCGUCUCUCUAUUUUCGAAGUGCAUCUCCUUGCAAUGUUAAUAUCA